GGUUCGCGAACGCAUUAGAAGCUUCUUUUGAGGUACUAGUAUAUUUAUCAGAAAAAUAAGUAAAUAUCUAUCCAUGAAUUUACUUGUGUACAAAUACAGUAUUAGAUUUAGAGAUUUUACGAGCUGAUAGAAUCACGUUUAACGAACUCAUCUAAUAGUAUGCUGCAUCGUAAGCAAUGACGUGGAUAUAGGUUAGAUUUCAUACAAUUUUCGUCGUAACAAAAUAUUACUGAAAAUCUAUUACUCGCAAUAGUUCACAAAAGAAAAACAUUAAAUCUAACUCUCAACUAUGUUUGAAAUCACGGACACACAAAAAAUUGGAGUUGGGCUUGCAGGAUUUGGAAUAUCGUUUCUAUUUCUUGGAAUUUUGUUAUUCUUUGAUAAAGGCUUACUCGCAAUAGGAAAUCUCCUUUUCAUUUCGGGUCUGGCUUGCGUCAUUGGGCCACGACGAACUUUAAGUUUUUUCUUUCAAUGGCAUAAAAUCAAAGCCAGUGCAUCAUUUCUAGGAGGUGUUCUCGUCGUUCUGAUGGGUUGGCCUAUCGUUGGAAUGAUUAUAGAAACUUAUGGCUUUGUACUGUUAUUCAGUGGAUUUCUACCAGUAGCAAUAAGCUUCUUGAGAAGGGUUCCUAUACUAGGAACUAUACUAAAUAUGCCAGGUCUUAGUCGAAUUUUAAAUAAGAUAGCUGGUGAUACGAACAGAACAACGGUAUGACCUAAUUAAGGUUUUCAUAUCAUUUUCAUGUAUAUAAAAAUAAUUGUCAUAUUGUAUCCCAACUUGUCAUUCCUUCUAUGGACUUUUUCAAACUCUGUACAAAAAUAUAAAAGGGUUUGAUCUCUUUUGUAUUAUUUAAGUAUUAAAUAUAAGACCAAUUGUACUAUA